AUGGUAGCAGCAGCAAAAGCCAGGUUUAUAGGAGACCCAGUAGCAGAUAACCUUAAGAAAUUUUGCACUGACUUGGUUCGUGGUACCAGGGAUAAGAGACUGCGGGUUAAGGGACCCGUGAGAAUCGCUAACAAGAAAAUAAAUCAAAAGAACACAUGGGAGUUGAAUUUGAUGGACCAUCUCGACUGA